AUGGCCGGACGACUGAUAUUGGGAGUGCCGUUACGGCAGGCCUACAGAAAUGCUUUCCGGCAUUCUCGUUCGAUACACUUCGCCAUGCCCCGACCUCGAGCCAUGCCCAUUCGAGUCCAGCAUGCAUCUGGAUCUGCUCCCCGACGGUUCAAGGGCACCUUCAUGGGAAACGCUCGUGUGCUCUUCCACAAACACCCUUUCUCCAUGACCCUCGCGACGGCCAUCAUCUUUUCUGGCUUCGCAUGCAUAAUGUGGGUAAACUACAUCUAUCAGACCUACAUUAUCGGUGCUUUCCACAAGUACCCUGAGCCGGUUGCGAAGCAGCUCAGGAAAGCUCUGUACUACACGAACAUGGACCUGCAGCCAAAAGAGGCGCUCAAAUUCUACAGGAAGGCUCUAGAGGUUUCUAUGGAGGUUGGGAUGGAUCCCUUCAGCGACGAGAUCAUGGGCGUGAAGAUUCAGGUCGCGAAGAUGCUGGAGGACAUCCAGCAGUGGCCUAAAGCGAUUGAGGUGCUAGAGCGUGUGCGCCAUGACAAUCUGGUGUGGCUAGAGCUACGCGGGGAUCUGGAGGGGAACAAACUGCAGCGGACAAACGUCUUGGCUAAGACGGUGGCUGUAUGCGUGAAAUUGGGGGAUCUAUACGGCCACCCUGCCGUCUGGAAUCGAGACAUGGCGCAGGAGAGGGUUGUCUGGGCAGUGGACACUGCGUUGAAAGAGAAGCAGAGGAGGCAGAAUAAUAACGUCAAGGAAGAAGAUGAGGGCAGGUGGGUUACAGAUGAGGAACUUGGUGCCUCACUGGAGUCGCUGGCGCACAGCUACGAGGCCAAAGAUCAGCAUUACCUUGCCGCGCCACUGUUCUUGCAAGCACUGAGCUUAUAUCCAACGAAGGACUGUCACAGUGUAGUUCUCAUGAACAAUCUGGCGUCCAGUCUGGCACAGCAAUCUCCCCGAGCGGCCCGCGAAAUCCAAGCGUACGCGACGUCGCAAAACCUCGAUGAACAGCCUGCUGGCCCAACUGUCACGCGCGAGACGAUGGUCGAGAAUGCCGAGGCGUGGGCUCAGAAAGCUCUCGACGUCGCAGCUACGAUCCAACCUCCGAUUCGAAACGAGGAAUGCGACCUGGGCUGUGCCGUAGCGCUGCACAAUCUAGGCGAGUUCGCCGAAAUGAGUAAGGAUGUCGAGCUCGCAAAGAAGAAGUACAAGGAGGCAGUCAGUCUGGCACGAGCGAUCGGAUUUGAGGAAGGUGUUGAGCAAAGCUCCGCAAGAUUGCGAGAACUCGCGAAGGCUGGAUGGAGUUAA